AGUCGUGGAAGCCCUCAUCGAACACAAUGCCGACGUCAAUGCUGAAAAUAGCAACAGAAUGACGCCAUCGGAUCUGGCUAAAUUUAAGGGUCAUGUGAACGUCACUACAUUCCUUGAUAAACACAUUGCAAAGAUCCAUGCCAAACAUAAUGGAAACGAAAAUAAUAUAUUGGUUUUUACUAUCGUUGGUGUGGUGAUAUUGAUUGGAGCUUUUACAAUUUUGUCCACAUCUCUGUACUUUCAAAUGAGACGUAAGAGUCAAUUGAUACAUAAACAAAAUGCAACAGAACUGCAAUAUUUUGAGCAAGGAAAUGUGGAAGGUAUAAACUCAAACCUAACGUUGGACGAACAGGCCGAUCUCUUGCCCUACGACAAAAAAUAUGAAUUCCCCCGUGACAAGCUGAAACUCGGAACUCAGCUUGGCGGUGGUGCUUUUGGUGUUGUUUAUGAAGGAAUUGCACAUGGCAUUUUGGCUUAUGAGGAGAAAACAAAAGUCGCCGUUAAAAUGGUCAAAAGAAUGUCAAAUGAAGAGAUAAUGCGCGCUCUAGUUUUGGAGCUGAAGAUUAUGGUGCAUUUGGGCCAACAUUUGAAUUUAGUCAACUUAUUAGGGGCAGUCACCAAGAAUAUUAUUCGAUACAAUAUGAUGAUCAUAGUUGAAUACUGUAGAUAUGGCAAUUUGCAAAAUAUCCUCAUCAAAAACCGUCCAUCGUUCAUCGACCAGAUUGAUCGCGAUACGGAUUCAAUCAAUAAAAACAUAAGCGCUAGAGGGCAACAGUACAAUAAUGGCAGUGAUCAGAUGGAUCAAUAUUCGAUUAUAGGCUCAUUAUACGUUCGAGGUUCGAAUAAUGUGGAUCACGGAACAGACGAUGCUUCAGAUGAUGCAGGCACAAGCACAUCCAACAACUCAAUUGAUUCUGAUGAUGUGAUCAACCAGAUGACAACGACCGACUUGCUUUGCUGGUCCUUCCAAAUAACACGUGGAAUGCAUUAUUUGGCAUCUCGUAAAGUGUUGCACGGUGAUUUAGCAGCAAGAAACAUUCUCUUGUGCGACAAUAACGUGAUUAAAAUUUGUGAUUUCGGCUUGGCUCGAUCUUUGUACAAAACUGAUAUUUAUCGCAAGAAUAAAGAGGCACUGCUUCCAUUCAAAUGGUUGGCUCUCGAAUCUAUCGAGGAUCACGUAUUUAGUAUUCACACUGACGUCUGGGCCUUCGGAAUUGUUCUAUGGGAAUUGUUUUCGCUUGGAAUGACGCCAUAUCCUGGUUUGGAUUCAGGCCAGGACUUGUACCAAAAAUUAUUGGACGGUUACAGAAUGGAAAAGCCAAAUUAUGCCACUCAAGAUGUAUAUGACAUUAUGUUAUCCUGUUGGGGGAACAUUCCUGAAUCACGGCCAUUGUUCGAUGAGCUUGAGAAAAGUCUUUCGAAGCUUUUGCCGGCCAAUAUUAGGCAGCGUUUUGUCAAAUUAAACGAACCAUAUUCAAAGUCAAACGUGGAGAAAUACAAAUGUGGAACGACGGAUUAUACAGUCUUAAUGGGAAUGACCGAUUCUCGUGCACCAUCCGUAUCAACGCAUACAUGCAAUGAAAUUGUUGAAAUUCAUCAACAAACCGACAUUUCAUCAAUAAAUUAGAGCGAUUCUUCCUCUAGUAUGCAAGGAUAAUUUGUGUGGAUUUUACCUUUUGGAGUCAUUACCAUAUUAAACUUUCCAUUUCUUUUUUGGGUUUGUACUUGAUUUCCAUAGAUACUGACGACAUUUAAAAUACUGAUAACAUUUAAAAAAAGAAAUGAAAGAUCCACAGAAUGAAAAUCAAUAUCAGACGACCCUAUGCAUUCGUUUUGCAACACAAGAAUGAAGAGAAUAAAUAAAGUAAGACUAAGAGUGGGCUCUAAUUUUCUGUUUAAUUUCGUUGGAAAUGCAUAGAGCAGUUUGUACACAAUUAAUUCCGCACAAAAACAAUAUUCCUCUUGAUAUCAAGUAAAAACUUUCAUAUAGAAAUUAUCUUAU